AUGUCGACUCAUACUGCCACAAACAUGAGAUGGCAUAAGGAAAAAUGGGUAGACGACGAUGUGAUGCGGCAUCCUGCAGAUGGGGAGGCAUGGAAAGAGUUCGAUCGAACAUUCCCCGAGUUUGUUGCUGAUCCCCGAAAUGUUAGAUUGGGACUUGCCAUUGAUGGAUUCAAUCCGUACGGGGUUCUAAACCACACCAUAGCACUUGGCCGAUUUUCGUAUUCCCAUUUAAUUUGCCGCCUUGGAAAUGCAUGA